GAAACAACUGGAGAAGCUAAACUGAGAGUGAAUAAAAGCCGACAAGCGCCCAGUUGAUGUUGUCAAGGAGAGAGUUGACGGAGUUAUGUUAACGGUACACUGACGCGCCGACACACCUACGCGGUAUGAAUGUGCUGGGUUUAUUUGAAUAAAACCUUUCGCGGGGACUGAAAGUUAACCAACUUCAGCGGUGAAACGAAAGCGACGUUGAACGUUGGAGGUUGGUGGUGGCUUGCGAUGCAGUCGGCCAGGAUGCAAAUUUGAAAGAUGUUCCGCAAGGUGAAAAAACGCCACAGCAGCAGUAGCUCUCAGAGCAGUGAAAUCAGCACCAAAAGUAAGUCUGUAGACUCCAGUUUGGGAGGUCUUUCCAGGUCCAGCACAGUCGCCAGCCUCGACACGGACUCAACUAAGAGUUCAGGAAACAACAUAUCGGAAACAUGCGCAGAGUUCCGGGUGAAGUAUGUGGGAGCCAUUGAGAGGUUGCAGUUUGACAUGAGCAAGACGCUCCAGGAACCUCUCAACCUCAUCAAUUACAUUGAUGCCGCGCAGCAAGAUGGAAAGCUGCCGUUUGUGCCGGGUGAUGAGGAGAUGAUUCUAGUUGUAUCAAAACACGGAGUCAAAGUGGCCUCGCUGGACCAGUGUGAUGUCUUGCACCGCCACCCUCUCUACCUGAUCGUGCGCAUGCUGUGCUACGACGACGGCUUUGGUGCGGGGAAGAACCUGCUAGCCCUCAAAACCACUGACCCAGAACAGGAGGGGUGCAGCAUCUGGGUGUACCAGUGCAGCAGCUCUGAGCAGGCUCAGGCCAUCUGCAAGGUACUCUCAGCUUCCUUUGACUGUGCACUCACAUCAGACAAGUCCUGGGGACGGAAAGAGUGAAAUAAAACCAGCAAAGGGGGCCCACCAUGACUGACAAAUGCGACCCUUUCUCUUGUA